CAUUCGCAUUUAGUCUGUGCGUUGUGUUCCAUAACCCAUUGCAAAGUGUUCAAUCAGUCGAAAGAUUAUAUAAUUUAAAUUUUAUUCAAAGUUAAAAUAAUUGAUAUUAUUAACGAUGGGGAAACACUUUGGAGAGCUCGCUAAAAUAAGGGGACUUAUUACGUAUAAAUUAUCUCCUUACGAGCAACGCGCUUUUGCAGGAGCCAUAUCUAAUGGUAUUCCCAACAUUUUUCGAAGAUUUCGUGAAACUGUCUUCAGAGUUGCACCCCCCUUCAUCAUCGCCUACCUGGUGUAUGAAGGUGUGGAGAGGGAGCACCAUCGUCUGUCCCGCAAAAACCCAGCCGACUUUGCCAAUGAUGAAUGAAGCCCUCGUGGAUGGCACAUACAACUGUAGUGUAUAUUAAAUAAAUUAUUAUUAAUUGUU